UAUGUGCUACCAUUGCUUUUGGAAUGGGGAUUGACAACCCUGAUGUCUGUUUCGUCAUCCAUUACUCCUUGCCGAAUUCAGUGGAGGGAUUUUAUCAGGAGGCGGGGCGAGCCGGGAGGGACGGACUGCUAGCCCACUGUAUAAUGCACUACACGUACCAGGACGUCAAAAGACUGAGGAGAAUUAUAGAGAUGGAUCAGGCAGCCACAUUUGAUUCCAAAAGAGUUCAUAUAGACAACCUCUUCAGGAUGGUACAGUACUGUGAUAACGUGGCAGACUGUCGACGAUCACAGCUGCUUAAUUACUUUGGAGAGAGAGACUUUAAUAGAGAGGAGUGUAGGAAUUUCCGUGGAGCCAUUUGUGACAACUGUGUGUCUAAG